AAGAAAGUAAAGACAAGGGAAUGGAUAAGCCACUUGUGGAGAACUCGUGCCACAAAACACAUUCUUCACAAUCUUCACUCACAUACCAAAAUUUCAAUCCAAACAAGAUAUAUUAUACUAACAUUGUUUCUCUUCUUGCCUCUUUAUUCAUUCCAAGAGUUACUAUACUACUUGAAAAUAAGAAAUAAUUCCAAUGGCUUCUUUGAACUUGUUUUCCCCUCCAAUUCCAAUUACCCAAAGAAGAGUGGUAGUAUAUACUAAAGCUACAUCAGCAAAGAGCUCUGGUGGAAGCAGUGAGGAGAAGUCAAUUCUAGACUUUGUACUUGGAGCAAUAACAAAAGAAGACCAAUUAUUGGAAACUGAUCCAAUCUUGAAAAAAGUUGAAGGUAAGAGUACUGGCACCACUACUAUCAGCAGCAAGAAAUCAGUUUCUGCGUCUCCUAAGAAGAAUUCCGAUGGCGGUUUCGGAGGGUUUGGUGGCCUCUUCGCGAAGAAAGAAUAAUCAUUGACGGAUUUAGAAUUUUAAGUCAGUCAAACGGUGUAAAGUGUUAUAGAGCACUCGUUGAUAUUAUGUUAUUUAAUCUUAUUUGUGAUCUCUCUAUAUAUAUAUAUGUAUCUAAUGUCUUUUCCCUUGUAAUUUGAUCUUCGAUUUUAUACGAGCUGAUUUCAUGUGUUGUACAAACAUUUGAUGA